AAUAAGAUAGUCCUUCCCGUUGCUUCAUCUGGAAUAGCAGCCCUACUACUUCCAGGCGGCAGGACUGCCCACUCCCGUUUCAAUAUCCCAAUCGAUCUAAAGGCCACAUCCACCUGCCACAUUACACCUGGAACUAUGCUCGCAGAGUUAAUAGAAAAGGCAGCUCUAAUCAUAUGGGAUGAGGCACCUAUGACACACAUGCAUGCUUUCGAAGCCCUCGAUAAGUCCUUAAGAGACAUUCUUUCUUUACAUGAUCCCAAAGCCAAAACUCUCCCAUUCGGCGGAAAAACUGUUCUUCUAGGAGGUGAUUUCAGACAGAUCUUACCAGUCAUCCCACAAGGCACCAGAGCUGAAAUUGUGUCUGCCUCCAUAAGUCAUUCAUAUUUAUGGGAAUCAUGCCACAAAUUCACCCUCCAGAAGAAUAUGCGCCUCAGCGAAGAUGAGAAAGAGUUCUCCAACUACGUCCUGAGGGUUGGCGAUGGGAACCCCCUACCUACUGAGGUCAAUGAAUUUGAUGAAGAUGAAGAAGAUCAGCUCAUUUCUAUUGACCGAACGUUGGUCGAGGAGCUCAGCUCAGAUCCUCACAAACAAAUUCUAGAAGCAACUUACGGGCGAACUGACCAGUGGAAAGGAACCAAGUAAGACUAUACAGAAAGGGAUAUCCUCACACCAAGGAACGAAACGGUGGAUGAGAUCAAUGAAUACAUGAUAUCUGAAGCUGACGGUGUUUCAAAGGAAUAUCUCAGUUCCGAUAGCUUCGGUAUAAUAGACACCGACUCUGCGAACAACGAGACAUUGUACCCAGUAGAGUAUUUAAACUCACUGAGCUUCCCAGGCCUGCCUGCACAUAAGCUUACAUUGAAAGUGGGUGCCCCUUUCAUGCUCCUAAGGAAUUUAAAUCAGAAGAAGGGGUUAUGCAACGGAACACGUCUGAUUGUCACUUACCUAGGUGAGCGUGUUAUUAGAGGUGAAAUAGUUACAGGCUCCCAUAUUGGACAUAAAGUGGACCUUCCAAGAAUCAUACUAUCGGAAUCAGUAACUAAACAUCCGUUCACCCUAGAAAGGCGGCAAUUUCCGAUCAGGCUUUGUUACGCAAUGACAAUUAACAAAAGUUAGGGUCAGAGUUUGAAAGGUGUCGUACUGUAUUUGCCCCAGCCCGUUUUCACCCAUGGGCAGCUGUAUGUUGGUCUUUCCCGAGUUACUACCAAGUCAGGCCUUAAAAUUAUACAAGGAAAAGAUCAAAAGAUAGGAAGGGUCAAAAAUAUUGUCUACAAAGAAAUAUACAACGGUUUACCAGGUAAUCAAAUAUUAUUUGCAACCCAGUUCACAACAUUAUCCAAAAAUACUCAGCUCCUUUCUCUCUCUCCUCCAGAAUCACGAUCCGAUGAUCACCCAGAGCAGGCUUCCCGGAAUCUUCAACAACUUUCUAUACCAUAAGAUGCAAGCUACCAGUAAGUCUUCCGGGCCGAAACUCUUCAAACCCAAUAAUGAACCUGUGCUAACAAAAUUGUUUUUAUCUAUAGGUCCUCCCGCAAUAGAAAGUGGCCGCUCUACAAGACCAUUCACAAUAACCCUACAAGCCAUCGUCUACGGCUUAUCUUAUUUUAUUUCAUUUUCGUUACCUACCAAUUACUAUUUCCUUCGGAGAAUUACUUAUUUCAACUGUCGAACUAUUAUCUUUUGCAUUUUCUAUUAUUUCAGACAAUUUUUUAUUUCAACUGUUUUCUAUAACAAUGUGCGAACCGCCUAAGUUCCCUUUAAUCUUAAAAGAGUACGUCCAAGAUAACAAAACCUCCUCAUUUCACACUCAGCCCCUGUAAAUUACUAAAAAUAACUAAAUUCUACUAUCAAACCCACCCAACUAAUUUACUACUACCACCUAUAAUUAUGGCCCGGCCUACUAUCAAACAAGGACACCAGUCUACUUUUAAAACAUUUACGUUACAACUUCCUACAUCAAUUAAAUUGUCACACACAAAGAUUAUUUUCUCAUUCAAGUAUCGAAUUCCUCAAAACUAUUUAUUAUUCAUUCUUACAAUUAUUUUUUCCUAAAAAAAAAAACACCGCUUCGAACUUCUCCCCUGUAUAAAAAAAACAAACUUAACUUACCCUUCCAGAAACCGAAAAACACACAAUUUUAGUUCACCUGAUUUUUAUUAAACAUGUAAUCCGCGCGCAGCGCGGACGCCGGCCCUAGUAUAUUAUAAAGUUAUAUAUAUUUGCUAUGAUUUUUACUCAUGGGCUGUUGGUAAUUGUAUAUCAUGAUAAUAAAAAAUAUUUAUAAUUAUAUAUUAUAAAACUAAUGCUGACAAAAAAAUAUUAUUAAGCUAACAAAUAUUAUUUAUUUUUGUCUAAAACUAAAAAAAAAAUGUCGGUUUGUAUUUGGGUUGUAUAGGUAUUUUUAUUAAUGAUUGUAUGUGGAAUAGUUGAUCAUCAUCAAAUGAAUAUUUCAUGAAGGACCAGGUAUAAGUUUUGUACUAAUGAAUAAUAUUAUAUCUCUCGGUUUUUAAUAGCAUGAAGUUACAUUACGGUUAGUUAAGAAAAAAAGGAAUAUUACGGUUGCAUGAAAUUCGUUGUUAGUGGAAGUAGUUAAUUUAGAUGCAAUUAUAAAAUAGGUUGGACGUAACCAUUUAUCAACUGGUCAUGUUGCUGUUUUAAUAAAAUACUAGAUUCUGAUCCGUCCUUAAAAGGGCGGGUAUAUUUUUUGUUUUGAUUUUCUUUUUAGAAAUUUAAUUUUUAUAUUUAUGCUUUUCUUUAUAAUCAUAUUUUUGUGUUUUUUGUAAUCAUAUUUUUGUAUAAAACUUAAUCAAAAUCUAUUUUAUAAAAUAAUAAAAAUUUAAAAGUUGAUUUGGCAUAUGCUCGUUUCUCGUAAUGAUAUGCCCGUAUGCCCGUUUUUUGUAAUUUUUUUCUAAUAUGUUAAAGAACUUUAAUUUAUAUGUUUGUGUAUAAUAUUUUUAAAAUUAUUAGUAAGACGUUUUGAUAAUUUUAUUGAAUUUGUGAUAUUACAUAACUAUACACUUGUAUCGUAGCCAUUUCACACAUUAAUUUUGUACUUUAUUCCUAAACAGUGAUUUUUAAUAGUAAACUAUAGUAUAAUUUUUAUUAAUAAAAUAGUAAUAAAAUAGAUAAAAUUAUAUGUUUCUCAUUCAAUUUUCAUGAUUUGAUUUCAUAUAUAAUGGUUUAUAUGAAUUUAUUAUUACUAAUUUCUUAUGUAAUUAAAAAUAAGUUUUGUAAAUUUUGACCCAAUGUAAGAGGUGUAUAAUUAAUAAAUUUAUUUGAUAUAAAUUUUAAUUGUUUGCUUGUGUAUCUACAUUUAAAUGUUACAAAUACGCAUUAUAUUUGUGAAAUUUAUUGUAAACAUAAUUUUCUAAUGAAUAUAGUUUUUAUUAUUGAAUAUGUAAUCAGGGUUUUGAAUGAUAUGCAAUAUACAAUAGAACCUCUAUAAAUUAAUAAUGUUGAAACUUUGAAAUUUUAUUAAUUUAUAGAGAUAUUAAUUUACAAAAAACUUCUUAUUUAUAUUUCUUAUUUUAAGAUAUAUUUAUUCUAAGAAAAUAAAAUAUUUGAUUUUAGUGUAUAGAAUUAAUUGUUAUUUUUUGAAAUUUGAUAUUUAUAUUACUUUUAUUAUAUUAUUUGGUGUAUAUAAUAUAUAUUGCAUAUAACUUAAAUGUGAUUUUAGAUAUAAUAUCACUAAUUAUCAUCAAAAAUAUAGUAAGUGUUAAAUAAAUAUAAAGAUAAUUUCAUUGUGAAUAUAAAAACAACAAUAUAAUAAUAGGUUCUUACUUAUAUAAAGUAGGUAUACAUAUAAAUGAUUAAUUUAUAAUUUUAAUGGGACCAUAUAUUUACAUAGAAUUUUCUUAAAAAAUAUUAUCAUAUUAUUUUAUCGAUUUAUGUCAAAUUUUCAACUGGUCCAAGUUGAGACCGGCAAAAUUUAUUAAUUUAUAAAGAUUAUUAAUUUAUCGAGUAUUAAUUUAUAGAUGUUCUACUGUAUUUGAUAGAAAUUUAAAAUGUCUAAUCAAAUUUGAACAGAAUCAAGCUAUUUCUUGCAUUUAAUAACAUUUUGAGUUAUUAACCUAUUUAAUAAAAAAAAUAGUUGUACCCACAAAAUGAAUCGAAAUAGACCCGAAAAUCAGGGUUGUAAACCAUAAAAUGUUCAUUCAAUACUGAUUUGAUUUUUAGAUGCAUUAAACUGCCUCAAAUGUUCGUGUUAUACAAAGACACGUUGAUAAUUGAUAUUUAGAUGCAGUUAUUGAGUGAUGAUUUUGAUUUUGAUGCUAUCCCGAUUAUUAUGCAAGUAAAGUAGUGGUUACAUCCGUAAUAUAUAUUUUGAUGCAGUUAGUAUUUUUUAAGUAUGUAUUGUUGAAAUAAUCGUUGGACAUAACUUUUAUCAAUGAAUCACACUACUGUUUUAAUAGAAUAGAUAUAUGGUAAGAGCACCUCUAACAACAAGUUUUAGAGAAGUUCUAAACAUUUAAGAAUAAAUAUAUAGAAUGACCAAAAAUUCUAAUAUUAGAGUUUUUUAGAAACUGCUCUGACACCAACAAAAAAAAUGUCACUCACCGAAGAGAAAUUGGUGCUUUUAUUGCUUUGAAAUAAUAAUAAAAAAUUCAAGUAAUUAUAAUAAUAAUUUUUUAUUUAGAAACUCUCAUGGUGUUUAACCAUUGGAGUUAUCUUUAGUUGGUAUAUUUUAUGAAAUUUUAUUAAUUAAAGGUAAGAUUUUCAUCUUUCUAGUUAUUUCUCCUUAACAACAAAUCAAAUGUAAAAUUUACAAAUUUCACUAAGUAUUUACAAAAAUGUAAACUUUUUUUUUGUAAAGAGAACUGGAAUGUAAUUUUUAUGAAUGGCAUUAUGUGGAAUUAGCCAUUCAUAAGAAUUCCAAAUAAAAAAUACCAGUUACAAGGAAAGAGCAAACUUUUUGAUUCCACUCAUUUCUGUGAGAUGAAUGAAAAAAAUUGUAAUUACGUUAAAAUUCUUUCAUGAUGAAAAAAGUUGAAGAAUGGAAGGAAUGAGUAGAAUGAGAUAACUUAAAUAUAAUUGGAUGCAAAAUAUAUAUUUCAUUCCUUUUAUCCCUCAAAUUAGUCAUUCCAUUCCAUUGUAUCCCAUAUAUUCCAAUUCUUUUUAUUCCAUACAUUCCUAAAACAAUUUACCAGUUGCAGCCGUAGACUUUUUGCGUUAAUACAUGUAUAUAAAUGAAACUUGCACCCGAGAAAAAGAAGAAACACACAGAAAAGAAAGUUAGAAAGAAGUUUUUUUGGUGCGUGUGUCUAAAGAAACAGUAUGGAUCAUGGCUUCAUCUUCGCUAUCGCAGUCGUCGCUGCGUUGAUCAUAUUCAUAUCGCUUUAUCUAUGGCACUGCUGUUGCUCCGACCGAACAGCGGUUGAGCCCAAUUCUGAUCUUUAAUAACUAUUUAUCUAUUUUCGUGUAUCGUCUAUUUUAUGCUCGGUUUUAUUUUGGUUACCUCUUUAUGAUUAAUUUUGUGAUGAAACUUAUGGAUUUGUAUCCUAUAAGAUAAUGAGAAUGUUUAUUCGAUGCUGCAAUGUUUAUCAGUAAUAUUUUCUUUUAUUUUGGUUUCUUGAUAUAUUGUAACUUUACACAACAGUAAUUGGUACUUCAACGAUUUUGUCAUCCUUUGUAGCGUUACAUUACGUGAUCGUAUACUAGGUGACUAGAUGAUAAUGCACUCCUGCGCGGAGUAAAUAGAUUUCAAGAUAUUAUUACUUUUUAAUUUGUAGUCAUAAAAAAAAUUAAAGUCAUAACAAGAAAUACUAUAUAUUAUAAAGUAAGGGUUAGACGAAAUUUAGUAUUUCAAUCUAAAUUAAGCUGCAAAUUUUUUUU